UCUAUAGAAAACAAAAGAAGAAGGAGAAGCAGCACCCAGCACCCAGCAGAGAGAGAGAGAGAGAGAGAGAGAGAGAGAGAGGGAGUUUGAGGAGCGCCUAGCAAAAGCACAGAGCGAGCUGCGAGAAGGAGAGAAGGGUGAGCGGAUUGAUUAGGUGGGUGGAUUGAAUGGCGAGCAGGUAUUGGGUGGUGUCUCUGCCGGUUCAAAACUCGGCGUCGUCUCUAUGGAACCGUCUGCAGGAACAAAUCUCCAAGCAUUCCUUCGACACUCCCCUCUACAGAUUCAAUAUUCCUAAUCUCCGUGUUGGAACCCUGGAUUCUCUUCUCUCCCUCAGCGACGAUCUCUUGAAGUCCAACAACUUUGUAGAGGGUGUUUCUCAUAAGAUCAGGCGCCAGAUCGAGGAGCUUGAGAGGGUUUCUGGCGUGGAGAGUAGCGCUCUGACUGUUGAUGGAGUGCCUGUCGAUUCAUACCUCACCAGGUUUGUUUGGGAUGAAGCCAAGUAUCCAACAAUGUCGCCCUUGAAGGAGGUGAUAGACAGCAUACAUGGUCAAGUUGCAAAGAUUGAGGAUGAUCUCAAGGUUCGUGUAGCCGAGUAUAAUAAUGUCCGCAGUCAACUGAAUGCUAUCAAUAGAAAGCAGAGUGGAAGCUUAGCAGUUCGUGAUCUUUCCAGUUUAGUGAAAUCAGAGGACAUCAUUGUUUCAGAACAUCUAGUGACCCUCCUUGCAAUUGUUCCCAAGUACUCUCAGAAGGAUUGGCUAUCAAGCUAUGAGACCUUGACUAACUAUGUGGUCCCUAGGUGCUCCAAGAAGUUAUUUGAAGAUAAUGAAUAUGCUCUUUACACUGUAACACUGUUUAAUCGGGUUGCAGAUAACUUUAGAACAAGUGCUCGUGAAAAGGGGUUCCAGAUUCGUGAUUUUGAAUACAGUUCUGAAGCACAAGAAAGUCGAAAGCAGGAGUUAGAAAAAUUGGUGCAAGACCAAGAAAAUUUAAGAGCCUCCCUUUUGCAGUGGUGCUAUACCAGUUACGGGGAGGUUUUUAGCUCCUGGAUGCAUUUUUGUGCUGUACGUGUCUUUGCAGAGAGCAUUUUGAGAUAUGGUUUACCACCAAAUUUCUUGGCAUGCGUGCUAGCCCCUACUACAAAAGCCGAGAAGAAAGUCCGUUCAAUCCUUGAAGGAUUGUGCGACAGUGGCAACAGUACCUUCUGGAAAACUGACGAUGAAGCCGGGGGAGGAGUGCCUGGUCUAGCAGGUGAUGCGGAUGCACAUCCAUAUGUUUCAUUCACGAUCAAUCUUGUUUGAAUGGGCACUUGAUUAUCCCUGUCAGAAUCUGAGGAUCUUUUUGGACGACAAUAACAGUGGACGGGAUAAUUUGUAUAUUAGCAUUUACAGUCGCAUUCUUUGUUUAUUUAUUUAUAAUUGCUGCUCUGGGAUUCUUCGUGAGGGAUCCUUUUGUUUUGGUGCUUAAAACUUGGUAGUUUUGGGGCUCUCCGUACUAAUAUCUGUAGAGCAUGGAAUCACAGUUCUUGGCUUUCUAUAAUUAUUUGAAAGAAGCGAUGGGAAUAAUAUCUUUGGGUUUUCAGCCCUUUGACAUA